ACACACUGGCGGAAAUCCUCGCUGCAUCUGCAGGCCAACACCACACCCGAACUGGAGCCGGCACUGGAACGAGCACUAAAAGGAAAGGAUGGAUUUACCGGUGCGGUGGGUGAUCUGGAUCUGAUGUGUAUCCGAUGCGCUCCUGAGAAGGCUGGGUUAUCUCCAGUUCAGCGGUUCAGCUCCGGUCAUGGCGCUGGUGACCCUGCAGCGCUCACCGACACCCAGCGCCGCAUCAUCGUCCGCCAGCGCGCCCAGCACCGGGGAGGAUUUGACAAGCGAUGAAGAUCGGAGCGCGACUCCCAGUGAAAGUUUCAUGCUGGUAAAAGGAACGGCCCUGUUUCUACGGCAGACUGGCACAACAGAGGAGCCGAAAACACCCACGCUGGAUAAAAAUGCAGGUGAUCUACCACAACACUUGCAGGUGAUGCUCAACACCCUUCGCAAUGAAGAUAGAAUAAAACUGGCUGUAAGAUUGGAGAGCAGCUGGUCGGACCAUGUGCACUACCUGGUGGUUGUUGACACAAAUGGUCAUCAGGAAAAUGACGAGAACAUACUGCUUGGUAUGGACAUCACAACUGAAGACAGUGUAAGCUGCUCCAUUGCGAUGGUCCUGCCCUUGUGGAGUGAUACCAAAAUCCAGCUCAACGGGGACGGAGGUUUCAGUAUCAGCACUAAUGGAAGGUCGCACGUCUUCAAACCUGUAUCCGUGCAGUCCAUGUGGUCAGCUUUGCAGGUGUUGCACAGAGCUUGUGAAAUGUCCCGUCAGGGUAACUACUCUCCAGGGGGCACGGCUUUCACCUGGGUAAACUUCUAUGAAAGCUGUAUCUUCUCUGAGCUGAGCUGCAUCAGUGAGUGGAAUGCUGUCAGUGAUUCAGAGACACCCAAACCUGAAUCCCCCGCCAUGUUUUCAGAUCAGCCAACAGACAGAGACAGAACAGAGUGCUUGAUCAGAACCAAACUGCAAAGCAUAGUGAUGGUAGAGGAUCUGGACAACGUCACGUGCAAAAAGAUCCGAAAUGAGCUGGAGCAGCAACUUAGCUGGAACCUGCAAGACUACAAGGAGUUUAUUGACAAUGAGAUCCUGCUCAUCCUCAAUGAGAUGGAGAGCGCUACACCAAUCUUCAGCUACCUUUACCUGGGUUCACAGUGGAAUGCCUCGAACCUUGAGGAGCUCAGAGAAUGCAGGAUUUCCUAUAUCCUUAACAUUGCCCGGGAAAUUGACAACUUUUUCCCGGAAACAUUUUGCUAUCACAAUGUCAGCGUGAAUGACAACGAGGCGACGGAUCUCCUGGCUUACUGGAAUGAAACGUACGACUUCAUACUAAAAGCAAAAAAGAACAAUUCUAAAUGUCUGGUGCACUGUAAGAUGGGAGCGAGUUGUUCAGCGUCUACUGUUAUUGCCUACGCCAUGAAGGAGUACGGCUGGUCUCUAGGGAAAGCUUGUCACUAUGUCAGACAGAAGAAUAGCAUAGCACAACCUGACGCAACAUUAAUGAAGCAGCUGGCCGAAUACGAGGCCAUUUUAGACACAAGCACUGAGCAGCGACACAACAGACUCUGGCCGUCAUGUAGUGAAAGUGAGGGUCUUCAAGCAGCAGGUGCCUGUGGUGCCAGGACUCCCGAUACCUUGCAUGAACCAGAGCUGUGCCCAUGGGCACGGGAUGCCAGUGCAUCACCUUGCUGCUGGGAAGAAUCCUCACAUCACCUCAACUACAACUACUACUUCCGGCGUCUUUCGGAUGCUGCACUGGACAGUGAACCAUCCACGCCGGUCCGCUGUCCACCGCUCCUGCCCACAGAACGUGUCUUUAUCGAGAUUGAAGAUGUUGAACGUGACGCCCUGCUGGACGACAACAGCCUUCCUACUGCCCAGCUGGUACCGCCCAUGGAGGGUACAGCAGCACAGACACUGGAGGACAUGCGACUGAGGCUAGAGUUUAGCACCGUAGAGGAGGAGGACGAAGAAGAGGCGCAGAAGGAGGAGGCUGAGAUGGCUGCACUUGCCAACACAAACCGAUUUGGCAACGAGAAUGCUAACAACAGCAAUCGGCUUGGCGCCAAACGCAGCUGCCCGUCCGGCUUUGACGACAGUGCUAGCAGCGGAAAGCCUCACAAACUGAAGCCCUCUUAUCAGUCUGGCAUGCGCCUGUCCGGUGGGCGCCGCACUCACCGCCUUAACCUGCCACGCCAUGCUGGCGUCUCCAUCCACAACCAUCACCAUCCUGCCUCUCAGCGCCAGCCGAGUGGCUCACGCUGCCGGUGCCCUCGCUGCUUCUGCCGUGUUCAUACGAUGCCUGCUUUGCCCACUGUGAGCCUGGGCUCCUAUCGCCAACGCCUCACUUCACCUAUGAGCUGUGAAGAGCUUCCUCAAAAUAUUUUGGGGCCUAAGGAUAAGGACGGGCUCCAGGAGAUGGACGAGGAGGAGGAACAGGAGGAAGCACCAAAGACAUCACAAUCCACUGGUCCUACUACAGAGCUUAGUCUUUUAAAUCUGAGCCUGCAGGGUGAGAGGUCCACAGCAGAACUCACCCAGGAAGUUCCCCUGAGCAAGAAGCCAGAUCAGAUAGAUACGGUUAUAGGUGAGGCUGGCACAGAGGACAUGGAGGUUGACUCUGGUUCCAUCAAAAACGUAACCUUUUUCUCUUCCAUUCCAAAUUGGUCUGCUCCUAGCUUUGUUUCUUCAUCUUUCCCUCAGCUUUGGGGUAUGACCCGUAGCUCCAGCAGUGAGAGUGUUGGUGGACAGCAGGAGACUGAGACGCGAGCACGACUAGCUGGACUCACGACCGCGUCUGGGCUCAAACGUUCCAACUCAUUGGCUAAACUUGGAGGCUUGGCCACAGCCAAACAGGAAUCUUCGGUUUACACCUCCCACUCUGAUGGGAAGAAUUCUUCCACUUCCUCUGCACAUGCUGUGACUGCGCCAUUGCACACUUUCCCAGGCUAAGGUUUGUCCAGAAUCAUUAGGUUGGUUUUACAAUGUACGGUGCAUUUAGCACUCUAAAGGAGGCCACGACUUUCUUGCAAGUCGCCUCGUGGAUGCAAUCAGGCCGCAGUUGGAUCUCAAGCCUAUAGAUUGCUGUUUCCUUUUGAAGGCAUUUUCUAUAGUCAGAGAUUGUGUGGCUCAUCCCAUCCAUUUCUCACCAAAUGUAGAAAUUCCUUGCUACUGCACUGCUUCUGUGGUCUUCUAAUCAGUGGCCAUAAUAACUAGUACGUGUUUGUAGACCAGCCACGGUUGUGUCUUGGGUCUGCAGUGGGGUCCCAGACAUGAAACAUUUAUUAUUAUUAUUAUUAUUUAUUUAUUUUAUCUAUUUGCCAUUUCAACUACAUGUGAAGAAUAUAAUUUGUUAAUAAAAUAUUCUGUGACCAUUUAUGAAUCAA